UCCUAGGUUUUCUAGUACUGCAGCGAAUAGCCUGUUUGGUGUUCAGAAUGUUCAAUGUUUGUUCUUAGAACUGAAGCCUGGGUAGUCCCAAACACUUGGGGACAUUUCUUAGAGACUGUGAAACUUGGCUCAGCUGAAGGUCAACUUUUAAGCAACUGCUAACACCCCUCAUGGUGAACCUGGAGAAUCACGGGUUAAAGGUUGGGAAAGAGUUAUUGACAGUUGUUCUGCUGAGCCUGGAGCAGAGUCUGUGCCUUGGCUAGGAAUUUAAAUUUAAAUCACUGCUUUUCAGUGACUGUGAUUUUGUCCAUAAGUAGACCUGAUGUAGAAAGAUGAGAAGAAAAUAAGUGUCAGGUGAGUAAACGAAGGGAGAAAAAUCAACUCCCGAACAGAAAGGAAAAUGAAUCUGAAUUUCAGAAAUGCUAGUGCCACUGUUCUUGAGUGGUUGCCCAGAAUUUCCAUCUAAGGAGAGGGAGGGGCCGCAGGCAUCGGUGGGGACGUUCUGGUUGAAGGGCUGCAGAAAUUGGUCCCCCUCCACUCCGAAUGUCAUUGUGUUGUUUUGUGACAAAUGAGCGGCGGCUGAGCUGACUCCUGAGUAUUUUCCGCAUGUUUUUCUGGUUGCGAAGCUUCCCACCCUCUUAAGGUGUUGGCUUGGCACGUGAUGUGUUCCCUCUCUGGCGAACCAUUAAGAUUGAGUUGCGGCGCUAAAUCAAAGGUGUUGGAGGUCACUGUCCCUGAAAAACAAGCUGCAGCAAGCAGCUGCUGGGGCUGUGACGAGGCUCUGGGACUUCACCAGAGCUCCGCGAGCGCCUGGACGGUUUCCUUUCGGCUUUCACCUGAUGGAAAGAGCUGAGCAAAAUGUAGAUCUGUGGGACUAAACUUACCAGACCCUGCCAGGGAUACUCUUCGUCGGUGCGAUGAGCAUGUAAGACCUCCAGCAUCUGUGAGGGGAACAGCCGCGGCAAAACUGUAUACUUCACCUGUUGGGAGUCAACCAGUUGCCAGUGUGUUUGUUCCUAAGGCAGCCAUCAUGAGGGAGGAGAGCGGCAUGCCCCCACCCUGGGACGCUUCCCUGCUGGAGAGGGAGUUUUUCCAAGUUUUAGAUGACUUGGACAGCAAGCUGGCUGAGGAACAAUCUACAGGCUCAAUGAAUGCCAGAAUUCCAUUCAACUACGGGUCAAGAACACAGUUCAAGCUGUCUCACAGGACCAGGCAAGAUCAUGGCACAGGAAGGCAUCAAAACUACCAUAGCGAAACUUCCAAUAUGUCUAUCUAUGACAUCCUAAGACCUGGGACCCCUAGAGAAGGCUUUAAAACCUUUUCUCCUAGGACCAAGACAAUUUAUGAUAUGUAUAGGACCAGGGAGCCCAGGGUCUUGAAGGAAGACUUCACGCUAAAGAAUGCAUUUGGUAGCGCAUCUCUGUGCUUCGACAGCCGGCAGAGAUCAGCGUCACCUGUCACAGGGCGUUUUACUGCAAGGAGUUUACACUUCCCAGCCAACACUCAGAACAAGACUAGUUUUACGCCAGUGAGACACCAGCAAAGCCCCAAAAGGACUCCUUUAUCAUCCAUCAUAUGGAAUAGGCCAGAUGCUUCUAGACACGGGCAGGAUCAGGAAGAGUCCCUGGGGAUACCAGCACCCAUGGACAUUGACCCUGCUGAGCAAUAUGUCUCUCCUAGGUACUUUCAGGAAAAUAGGAGGUAUGAGGUGUGCCAUUCACAGAACGCCUACCAAAGCUACCCUUUUAAUGUCCCCGUGGAUAACGCAAUGAGUCCUGACGCGUUGGAGAACUCAGAGAAUAUGCCAUUCUACCGUCAGAACAACCUGUUUGCAAGGUCUUUCUUUAGCAGUACCUUCAGACAGAGCAGAGAACAGAGAUUUGGACAGAAUUCUUUUUGGAGCCGACAGGAAGAACAUUCUUCCUGGUCUGACUUUCCCCAGAGCAGGAAGCCAUUCCCUUGUUCUGACAAGGACUUUGAGAUGAUUUCUGUUGACGCAAACAGGGUGCCAUCUGUUUACAGCCAUGGUGUCCCUUCUCAGCACUGGAGGCCACGUUCUCCCGGCUGUGGAACAUACGUUUUCAGAGGUCAAGAAGAUGCACAUUGCUGGCGAUCUGAGUUUCGAACAUGCCCACUGGAGAACAUGGACACCUCACAUGUUAAUGAGAACCAGUUUCCACCCCAUUUGGUCACACCGGAUGGGUUUUCUGUAGCUGACUCAAGCUGCCCCGUCCAGUCGUCUGGGCUGGACUCUCAGCAGGGUUACUUCCCUUUUGAAGAGGCUGCAGAUGAGGACCCUCGUUUGUUUGGCAAGACUCGGAAUCCAGUUUCUUCAUUCAGAACUCCCUUCCCCCUGAGUCCCGAUGACAGAAGGGAGUCUCGGAGUUCCAGCUUCCAGAAUUCCACAGCUACUUUGCAGAAAAUAAUCCCCAAUAAACCAGAUUCGCUUCCAAUGAGAAACUGUGUAGACGUUCCUGUGGCUUGUAGCCAUUCUGCUGAAUCACUGUCUCUUACUGAAACCCAGCCCAACGUCCCAGUCACAGAAACGCACAGUGAGAAAGACAUGGAUGUGUCUAUUUCAGAGGAUGAACAGCUGAACAAGAUGGGACAGAAGAACAGGCCAACUGGGUUACCCCAAUCUGUUUCACGGACAGUGAUCUCUAAUGACGUACCUGAUUUCCAAAAUGCCCCCUCCCAGGACUCAACCCCAAACGACAGGUAUGGUUUUAAUGCACCUGCCACAGAACAUUCCAGAAGAUCACCCAGGCUCUUUUCCAGGAAAGGUACUUCCCAAGUUCAUACAACACAAAGAGAUCAAAGCGAUGAACUGAGCAAAAGUAAAUGUUUUUCUGGGGGCAGGAGACUUGACUCAGCAGCUUCCCUGCCUUUCAUCCAAGAAAGUGGAACAACUCUUCCCAGCCCAAAUCAAGGUUGUCACCAGAAAACCGGAGGUGAUGAAGACAGUUCAAGCACCAUUAAAAAUAGCCAUUGGUGCUUUGAACCCAUCACUAACCAAAAUUCACAGCCUCCAGAGGAGACUAUUUUAGAUCUUGGACGACAGCAAGGUCCUUCCACUCAUUCCACCGAUGGCAGCAAGCUGGCCGCUGGGCACAGUGUCUCACGAGAUCCCUUGCAUGUGUCAUCAGAUGCACCCCAAGAUUCUUUCCUUAAUGCUCUUCUGGUGCCUUCCACUGCAGUGUUCUCCAGGAGCCUUUCAGACCAGGAUUCAGGUCAAGAACAAAGAGAAGAAAAAGCUACCAAAAGCCAAAAUAAUCAGCUGGCUGUCAAUCCUACGGACAACCAAGAGAGUCACGAUGGCCCUGCACUUCUGCAUGAUGCUGUUCACUGCCACCCGUACUCUCCCCUCAGGAGCGGGAGGGGGAAGGGAAGAGUAAGGCGCCGUGUAUCCUGCAUUGAGAAGUUAACCAAGACAGAGAGUAGAGAGGCACCCACAAGAGAAGGCAGUGGCUGUGCUGAGGACCAAAGCGGCAGCAAAUCUCCUGAGCUCAACACAGUCUACUGCACCCUGCCAAGAAAACCUGCCAGCUUUCUCCUACACAGCGGACAGCGGGAAAGUAAGGCUGCUUCCGUUAGGAAUGGGCCACUUCCCUUCCAAAUAAAGAAUAAGGCGGAUGUUCCCACUGAAGAGAGCACAUCUGACAAACCCCGUCCUCCUGAGUCAGCGAGUGAUGCUGCAAAUUCAGUCAUGGGGACACCCAAAGCCACCAAGAGGAUGACAGAUAUGAAAGCCAUUAGAUCGGCCUCCGUUAGGAAAGGACCACUCCCUUUCCUCAUCCAGAGGGCGGUAUCAUGUCCUUCGGGGGAACCAUGUACCUUGGCUGAAAAGUCCCCAGUCCUGGACAUGGAUGCUUCUGUAAUACCCAGGCCUGGAGGGAGAAUCUUUAACUCUCUGGAAGAUGACUCAUCAUUUAGAGAGAGCGCUUUCUUCGAAAAGGAACUCGUUCAAGAACACACGGGGAAGAACAGUGAGCCUCCAGCCCCCAGAAUGAGCUCGUUUACCGUUUUAGACAAAAACUCUGAACCUUUUUGUGCUGUUGGAUCAGGAAGGGGGAGUGGGAGGGCGUUGCACAAGUUUAAGACAACUAGCGUGUUUUCUGUCUCUGGCAAUGAAGAGAACAUAAAGUGUCUUGAGGUGGUUUCGAUAUAUUAUACUCUACCCAGGAAACCUAGCAAAAAGUUCUGCAGCCUCCUUCAGCAGUAUGCACAGGGUGCCGGUUCCCUUAGCGAUGCUUUUCAGGAAGAGACUAAAGGGUCUCCUAAUGCUGUAGAAAUCGGUGAGCUGAAUUGUCCUACACAGAGGCUCUCAGGAACACCUCCACCACAAGACCUAAAGAUGCAGGUUGACAGCCCUGAGAGUGAGACUGUCUCCCAGUUGACAGACAGGGAGGCUUCCAAAUCUACGUUAGAGGAAAUGGCUUCUGUGGAACCGGAUGUUUCUCUUCAUAGAAAAGAGCCUAAAAUCGAAGCGAUUUCCCCAAGAAAUGUAUCUAAGACAACUGUAGAUGAUUCGCUAAACAGGGGAAAAAGAGGGAAGGAACUGGUAAGACAAAUCCUACAGACCCCAUCACUGCUUCAGGAAAAAGAUGCUGGAGAAGAAAAGACCAAGAGUCAUCAACAGCCUUCGAAAGGAGGAAGCAGUGACCCCUCUGGUCUCCCAUCCCACUCAGAAGGUAAUGUUGAAAAUUCCCAAACUAGAAGAGAUUCAGGAACGUGUGCCCGUGGCUUGACCACUAUCUCAACAGGAAAUGGAUGGUAUGCUUGGAGAGAUCACGUGGCUGCAGCUGUAGGUGACUGUUCUAGUAGGUCACAGCCUAGGGAAACCAGUGGGACAACUGGGUCAGACUGCCAAAACCUGACCGACAAAAUGCUCUCUGACUCAGAGAGCCAAGCCUUUGCUCUAAGGCCAGCAUUGCAUAAGCAGCAGCUUGCUGAAGAGGCUCAGACUGGGGGAGCAGGUCUGCAGUCGGAACCCAGGCAGGCAGAAAGUCAGGAAAUGAAUACAGCAGAGAUGAGGAAGGUUGAAGAUGGAGAACAAAUGUUGUCACGGGAUCAAACUUUACUUCCUGGAGGAAAUCUUAAAAAUAAAACCAACACGGAUGACCUAGAGACAGGAGACAGAUACUCAGGUAAACACAGAUUGGCAGCCAUAUCUAAAACAAGCAAAAAGAUCCCAGCUAAGGAUUUAAGUUCCAGAAAACAUGUAGCUACGAUCUUCUCCCGAAGUGAAAGAGGAUCUGGCUUUAGGAGGUUAUCUCUUUGUAGACCAGAGGGCAACCCACUGUCCCCUGAACCUACUGUAAAACCCUCAGAGCCCACAGACAAAAGCAGCGUGAGGACCGUGGACAAAUCUGAGAGCCUUCUCCAGGCGGCCACAGUAUCCAGCCCUGGACCUCCUGGUCAGUCCCGCAGUCAAAAGUCUGCUAACAUUUUGCAACCGCAUCUGAAUGGGUCACACGGUGUCUUAGAAACACCCCCAAAGAGCGAGGACUCUAAAGCACAGAUUGCAGGAGAAUUGGUAGCCCCAGCCAGCCCCUCGGGGAAAAGCUCUGGCCUUCAGCAGAGGUUAAGUCCUCCUUCCCCCCUAGAGGCUACACAGAAACCUACAGUGAGCUCCCACUGUCAGCUGUUGCGGCACACGAGUGCCCCAUCCCCAGACUCAGAACCCGAGCCACACCUCUACAGGUCAAAGAGUUUAAGAAACUUCAACGUGCAAAGGGACCUGUUGUGUACAAGCCCUCCUCCCAAAGCCAGGGGACGCCACUUCUCUGAAAACACUUCCAUUGACAAUGCCCUGAGCCAACUGUCCCUCGAAGAUGGCUCCUUCCCCAACAGCGGGUACAGUCGAAGAUUCAAAUCUUUUUCUGAGCUUCCUGCCUCUUACGAAAGUGAAAGUUGGUCUUCAUAUAACAAUCAGACACGAGGUCCCAAGUCCACCUCAUCCAUUUCCAGGCCGAUUGACUAUGGAAUUUUUGGGAAAGAGCAGCAGUUGGCUUUCUUGGAGAAUGUCAAGCGCUCACUCACACAGGGAAGAUUAUGGAAGCCAAGUUUCCUCAAGAACCCUGGCUUCCUCAAGGAUGAGGUUCUUAAUGCUGCACAGUCAGAGCUGCUAAAUUCUCCUGAAGGUCAGGCUCCGGAGGACGGCUUAUUGCCAAGUGAACCACUUAAUAUCUACAGGGAUGACCCAGUGGACCCACUGGACUCAGACUGGGACACAGACACCACCACAGAUGAUGAGUACUACCUGGAUGAAAAUGAUAAAGAGUCAGAACUAUGAGACUUUUGUGAGAAACUGCACAAUAUAACCCUUUCACGUUUUGCUUUUUACCAAAACCUUACCGUGGAAAUUAGUCCAAUAAUUAUAGACAGGUCAAAGAGAUCUGGUUUGGGUAGUGUCCGAAUCUUUUCUGUUCCAUUUGUUUUCCCUUCUGAAUUCUAAGAACAGUGCUCACUGUUCUUGAAGGGUUUUGUGUGUGUGUUUUUACUGCUAUGUUUUUCCUGGUGUGUUUGAACUUUGCCUUCCUUGUCUCUUCCCCCAGCCUUAUCUCUAAGCCACUUUCUAAUGUUAGCACAAUUGUCCUCAUCAUAACUUCUCUUACCUCUAAUAGUUUGGGGAUGUGUUCGACCUUGUAAACUUGUUCAUUACCCAGCACAGAUGCAAAACUGAAUUUCCUCUCUCUGUCUACAGCCUGAAUUGAAGAUAUGAAAAUAUGACAUAGGGAAGGCAAUAGUGGGGUAAAAUGCUGUCACUGUGUGUGCAUAUGUUUAUGCAGUGUCUACAGAGGCUAGAAGAGGACAUUAGAGCCCCUGGAAUGGGAGGAGCAUAUGGUUGUUAGAGGUCACAUGGGCGCUGGGAGCCACAGCUGGGUGUCCUCUGCGGGAGCUGCAAGUGCUCUUAGCCACCGAGUUCUCUCCAGCCACAAGACACACGGGCAUCCCUGUUAUGCCCUGUUGUGUGGGCAUCCUUGCACUUCUGUAGUGGACACAUUUGAGGACACGUUAGGUUAUAAAUGAAGGGUGAGUCCUAUUAGUGCCUACAGGGAUUUCUCUGAGACAGUUUGUGGUGACUGGCUGAAUUUUUAAGGGCUAAGUUUUCACGCUUAAUGCUUGGGUGAACCCCAGAUGACACGAGCAGUGUGGCUUGGCCACAGAGACAUGGCUGACAGAUGGAAACAAGCAGACAGUUCUUUAUCGGGCCAGCGUUAUUGCUGCUCUCUCCACACUGACUUUUCCCAUCUCCCCCAACCCCCGCCUGUGCAUUUCUCAUUUCCUUAUUUAUAGCCCAGCCUUGGGCUUUGUAAACUUUUCUCACAUAAUUUAUUUAUAGCCCAGGCUCUAUAGUUUAGGGAUUUUUACAUGAUGUCAGAUAUAUACAUAUAUAAAAUAGGUAUGCAAAUAAUUCACUGAUAACUCAAAUUUAUUUUAAAAGUAUUCUGGCUUACACACAAAUUUACCAUUUGUUUAAGGUAAAAACAGACAUACACCAAUGAGUUAGUUAUAUCCAUUUGUCUAACACAGUCUAAGGACAUACUCAGGUUACCCACACACUGGGAAAUAAAGGAGACUUUUAAAAGCCUUUGUUGUCUGUAAUUGCAUUCCUAUAUGAGCAGAAAUCUUCGCGUGCACAGUAAAAACAGUACAGUUCAUAACAGAAGAUCAGAUCUCGUCCUGCCCCUUCCUCUUCCUCUUGUCCUGCACUCUUUCCUCUUCUUCCUCCUCCUGCCAGCACAAGGUGCAUGCUGGGUGUUUGAGUCAAGGCUGCAGUGAGGUCAUAUCAUGCACAUGGGUAAACACAGCCAGGCUUCAUUAAGUAUUUAAUUUAGGAUUGAUUUUUUUGUUUGGUACACAUUCAGAGACCUUUUAUUGUUGUUUGUUUGUUUUUUUCUCAACCCUACAUUAAUUCUGUGAAGAGCCACUGUUUACAAUGGUUUGGGCUAAGACUUUCUUGGUGGGGAAUUCAGUGGGAACCUUGGAUAAGUUCUUAAAAUUCCAGUCAGAUGUGAUGGAACCGCUUGGCUUCUCUGUUGAUCCACCCGUCAAACCCUCAGGCACAUUUAACUCUGCCCUCCGAAUGUACCAUAAAUCACUUGUGAUACCCAUUGCUACCUGGCUUCCUGCCUCUUUAGUUGCUACGUAGAGUAUCUGGGGGCUUUCUCGCCUUGUAAUUCAAGGCGAAAGUCUAUGGAUGAGGGUGGUCUAGACCUGCAGGCAGCAUGGGAUGCCUGAUCUCAGCACAGGACUGGAUUUUGUCUUGUUUUACAGGUGUUUCUGACGUGCUUUUACUUCCCACUGUUCAUCCAGAGAAACUAAAGCUGAGGGCAGCUAUUGGCAAAUGUAUAGAGAUUUGGCACUAACACAAACACAAGGAAGAUCAAUCUGUUAUUACUGCCCUCAUUUGUUGUCUGGCCCAGGCUAGUUUUACAUUGGUCCCAUAAAACUCAAAACUAGUGAAGGUGAGGUCACUCACAGGGAAACCUUUCCUUAAACCUGUCCACUCUAACUCUGAGCUCCAGACAAAGCUCAAAACGAUGCCUAAUAGAACCUUAAACUGUUUUGAGCGGAUCCAAACUUGAAUAGGAAGGAGUAAAAUUCAACUUCUUGCCUAAUGGUGUGUGUUUGUACAGAUAAUGGUGUGUGUUUGUACAUAUGCCUUUCCUCUGUUGCUAUUUGAUUAUUUAAGUAAAACUCUCAUGUAUUACGACUUUUUGUGUGUAAUUUUAAUAUAUUCAGAAAUAUUUAACAUCAAGAUCUUUGUUGGUUUUUAGGCAACCACCAUGAGACACUAUCUCAAUAAAUAUUUUGAGCCUACAGGAGUCUAGAAAAGGUGACCAGAAGUUAGCUUGCUUUUCAACAAGGGGAGGCUGAGAAAGGGAAGUCAGAGUAAGAAAGGACGAAUGCUCUCAGGGCUGAGGCUCUCUGUGCCAGAAUCUCCUGUCCAUAGUGAAAGCUGCCCUCAGCCACUGCUUGUCUGCACUGUGUCAGGACUGCCUGCUUGUCAGGCUGAGGGAUCGGGAAAGCAGGAAUUUCACCAAAAUAGAAUAGCACCUCUACUGUGUUACAGUUUUACGAAGCACUUCGUUGAAGAAGUAUAGAGAAUUUCUUUGUGUUGUAUGUAAUGUGUAAAGUGCUGCUUUCUGAUGCACAUAGUCAUGGUAACUUCAUUUAAUAUUAUAUAUUUUCUCAAAUAUAUAAUCACUAUUAAACUUUCUUGUAAAUGGAGUAAAACGCUAACUAAUCAAUACGAAUAAGUGCCUAGGAAAUUAUUAGCUUGCUUAAACAUCAGGAUAACACGACUGUAUACAUUGUGUUGUUAACUCUGUUUAAAAUGGAGUUUAAUAAGAUUAUUUUACUCUGUAGAUGCUCACUUCUGAAUGGUUUACUCUUACUUCAUUAAUACAUUGAUCUCAACAAAACACUAAUUGCUACUAACAUGAAUUUGGUUAAGGACAAGCUCAGUAGAGAAAACUAUUUUGUAUAGGAAAUAAAGAUGAGUCACAAGGGUGCUAAAAGAAGCCUCUCGGGGUGUGGAAAAGAUGAGAUUCAAAUGGAAAUUCAUGUCUCUGCUAAAAGGUGUCCCCGCAUUGGAUGCCGGUAUGUUCAAACAGGCCUCGGUGCUUGGAGUUUACUGUAUAGUGGAGCUAUAGAAUGUCCUAUCUAAAUGUACAGUAUAAAUAUGUAAAUAUUUUACUUUGCAAGUUUGUAUUACUACUUAAAGGUUUUUUGUGUGUGUGACUGAUAAUUCUAUUCCGAAACAAUAAAGCCACAAUAAGCACUUUGUCAAAACUGUCAAA